UGGUCCGCUAGCUUAAAGCAAAGCGAAAUGUCGUCGAUACAGGAAGAAAUCUUUCAGUGCGUUCAGUCCGGAGACCUGGAGGCCCUGAAGCAGCUUCUAGAAGGAGUGGAGGAAUCACAAGAGUCUCUGGAACUGAAGCUGUUCGCUCGGAGGGACGAAGUGGGCAGAAACGUCCUGAUGAUCGCCAGCAUGUUGGGACGGAGCGACACCGUCCGGGAGCUGGUCGGACACGGAGCCCCGGUGAACGAGCAGACCGUCAGAGGUUAUUCGGCGCUGCACCUCGCUGCCUGUUGGGGCCAUGAGGACACGGUGAGGACUCUGGUGGAGCUGGGAGCUGAUCUCCAGGCUCAGACCUUCAGAGGAGAGACACCUGUAGACCUGUCCAGCAUCUACUCCAGGACAGACUGUACUGAGCGUCUCAUCCUGGCUGAGGCUAAACAGGACCUGAUGUCUUACAUAAACCGUGUUAAAGAAACAAUCGCCGACUCAGAGAAGAAACUGACCAAGGAGGAAAAGAACAUCUGUGCUCAUGUUUUCUCUGCAAAGUCGGACUGGAUUCAGAACGCCAAAAACCCGACAGUUUUGGACUUCACAGCCCAAAGGCAGGAUUUUGAAGAAGCUCUUCAGCCCGUUCUCAACAAGCUGUCAGCUCUCUCAGCUGAGACGCCUGUCGAGCCGACAGGAAAGGCCUAAAGCAGAGGAAGAUCUGUGCAACAUAAGUGUUUGACUAAAUGUCCGACACUAGUAACGUUCCAGCCUUCGUCUCAGUGAGAUUAUACUGAGCUUGUCAUGGAACUAAAAGUGUACAAAGGUCUUUUCUAAUUUCAUGUUUUGGUGUCUCAUUAAGUCCCUUCAUCUGCCUGCUGCAAUAAACCCACAGUAGACAGACUGAA